ACGGACCUCGAACCCUCGUUUUCUCCCAUCUUGCGUCUGCGUUUGCUUUUCGGUCCUUUUCUCUUUUUUCUCUUCUUUCUCUCUCUCUCUCGCUCUCUCUCUCUUUCUCUCUCUCUCUCUCACGAUCGGAUAAUGAGGACAUUCAAUGCGCUCGGAGUAUGACAAAAGAUUUUAGGAUGCUGGACUUGUGUUCUUCGGUUUGUUCCUCUCUUUUUACUUAAAUGCCAGCACGGUGAAUGCGUCGGACAGACUGGAUGAGCCUGCUGCUAGAGGUCCGCAUUCAGAAAGUCAACGUCUUGUCCUUCUUUAUUUGACUUCAGAAGGAUGUAAAGACCGAUCCGUCUUGUGCGGCUGAAGCGUCCUCAUCAAAAUGCAGAAGGGAAUACGACUUAAUGAUGGUCAUGUCACCUACCUGGGGCUUUUGGCAAAGAAGGAUGGUACAAGAAGAGGGUGCUUAAGCAAAAAAAGCUCAGACAACACGAAAUGGCAUACAAAGUGGUUUGCCCUGUUGCAGAAUAUGCUUUUUUAUUUUGAGAACGAGUCAAGCUCUCGACCCUCGGGAUUAUACCUGUUGGAGGGAUGCAUAUGCGACAGGGCGCCUUCACCAAAACCCUCACUGACAGCCAAGGAGUGUUUGGAAAAGCAGUACUAUUUUACCGUCAGCUUCACCCAUGAAAACCAAAAGGCACUUGAGUUGCGUACAGAAGAUGUCAAAGACUGUGAUGAAUGGGUGGCUGCAAUAUCACAUGCCAGUUACAGAAACUUGGCUACUGAGCAUGAGACUCUCAUGCAGAAGUAUCUUCAUCUGCUUCAGAUUGUGGAGACUGAGAAAACUGUUGCCAAGCAACUUCGACAACAGAUAGAGGAUGGGGAAAUAGAGAUUGAAAGGCUGAAGUCAGAGAUCGCUGGGCUGCUCAAAGACAACGAGAAGAUCCAUGCCAGCCCUGCAGCUGCCCCUACCGAAGAUGAUUCAGAAAUCAAGAAGAUCAAAAAGGUCCAGAGCUUUCUGAGAGGCUGGAUUUGCAGGAGGAAGUGGAAGACCAUCAUCCAGGAUUAUAUUCGCUCACCUCAUGCGGAGAGCAUGAGGAAGAGGAACCAGGUGGUGUUCAGCAUGUUGGAUUCAGAGGCAGAGUACGUGCAACAGCUUCAUAUCCUGGUGAACAACUUCCUGAGACCCCUACGCAUGGCCGCCAGCUCCAAGAAGCCACCCAUCACCCACGAUGAUGUCAGCAGCAUAUUUCUUAACAGUGAAACCAUUAUGUUCCUACAUCAGAUAUUUUACCAGGGUCUGAAAGCCAGAAUAGCAAGUUGGCCAACAUUAGUGCUGGCUGAUCUCUUUGACAUCUUGCUGCCCAUGCUGAACAUCUACCAGGAGUUUGUGAGAAACCACCAAUACAGCCUGCAGAUCCUGGCUCACUGCAAACAGAACCGGGACUUUGACAAGCUGCUAAAGCAGUAUGAAGCCAAGCCUGACUGUGAGGAAAGGACUUUGGAGACCUUCCUCACUUACCCUAUGUUCCAGAUUCCCCGCUACAUUCUUACUCUACAUGAGCUUCUUGCUCACACACCGCAUGAACAUAUAGAAAGAAACAGUCUGGACUAUGCCAAAUCUAAACUGGAGGAGCUUUCCAGAAUAAUGCAUGAUGAGGUGAGCGAGACUGAGAACAUCAGGAAGAACUUGGCAAUAGAGCGUAUGAUCAUAGAGGGCUGCGAAGUCCUCCUUGACACCAGUCAGACAUUUGUAAGACAAGGGUCUCUUAUCCAGGUGCCAAUGAGUGAGAAGGGCAAGAUCACCCGUGGGCGACUGGGCUCUCUCUCUCUAAAGAAGGAGGGGGAGAGGCAAUGCUUUCUCUUCUCCAAGCAUUUAAUCAUCUGCACCAGAGGUUCUGGAGGAAAACUUCAUCUCACCAAGAACGGAGUGGUCUCGCUUAUAGACUGCACACUUAUGGAGGACCCUGAGGGGACAGAUGAUGAGUCGAAAUCAGACAAGAGUGGUCAGGACAUGGAGCACCUGGACUUCAAGAUUGUUGUGGAGCCAAAGGACAGCCAGUCAUUCACAGUCAUCCUGGUGGCCUCCUCCAGGCAGGAGAAGUCUGCUUGGACCAGUGACAUCAGCCAGUGCAUCGACAACAUCCGCUGCAAUGGCCUGAUGAUGAACGCCUUUGAAGACAACUCUAAAGUUACAGUGCCACAGAUGAUCAAGUCAGAUUCAAGUCUGUACUGUGAUGAUGUGGAUAUCAGAUUCAGUAAGAUGAUGAACUCAUGCAAAGUGCUGCAAAUCCGCUACGCCAGCGUUGAGCGCCUGCUGGAACGACUGACUGAUCUCCGUUUCCUUUCAAUCGACUUCCUCAAUACAUUCCUGCAUUCCUAUCGCGUGUUCACCACAGCUGAUGUGGUGCUAGAUAAACUCAUCACUAUCUACAAGAAGCCCAUCAGUGCCAUCCCUGCUCGGUCCUUGGAGCUAUUCUUUGCCAGCAGUCAGAACAAUAAACUCCUGUAUGGAGAAACUCCCAGCUCCCCCAGGGCUAGCAGAAAGUUCUCCUCCCCUCCUCCUCUUGCUAUUGCCAAGAACUCAUCCCCCAACCGCCGCCGCAAGCUCUCUCUCAACAUCCCCAUCAUCACUGGGGGCAAAGCUCUUGACCUGGCUGCCCUCAGCUGCUCCUCAAAUGGCUAUGCAAGCAUGUAUUCUUCCAUGUCACCAUUCAGCAAGACCACUUUAGACAUCAACAAACUCUACGUUUCCAGUCCUAUCACGAGCAAAAUCUCGGAUGAAGGUGAGGACAAGAAGGACAAAGUAGAAGAUGCCUCUGUGUGUAAACAAGAUCUCUCAGUACGAGAAGAAAGUGAUAAUGAUCAAAACCAGAGCGAUGACGGGGACCCGGAGGCAUCACCUACCAAGUCUCCAACCACACCAAAAAAUAUCAAGUGCAAAAACUCUUCAGAGUUCUCUCUGUUCUCCUACAACAAUGGCAUGGUCAUGUCCUCGUGUCGAGAGCUCGAUAACAACCGCAGUGCCCUGUCUGCUGCCUCCGCCUUUGCUAUUGCCACAGCUGGAGCCAAUGAAGGCACCCCUACCAAGGAAAAAUAUCGACGGAUGUCACUCGCCAGUACAGGUUUUCCAACAGAUCAGAGAAACGGAGACAAAGAAUUUGUCAUUAGACGAGCAGCAACCAACAGAGUCCUGAAUGUGCUGAGGCACUGGGUGUCCAAACACUCUCCGGACUUUGAGUGUAACAAUGAGCUGAAGACAAAGGUUAUUGCCUUUCUUGAAGAGGUGAUGCAUGACCCUGAGCUGUUGACCCAGGAGAGGAAAGCAGCAGCCAACAUCAUCAGGACUUUAACUCAGGAAGAUCAUGGCGACAACCAGAUCAUCUUAGAAGAUGUAACACAACUGGUUGGAGAGGGGAAGGCUGAGCCUUUUGAGAACCAUUCUGCAUUGGAAAUUGCAGAGCAGCUGACUUUGCUGGACCACCUGGUGUUUAAAGACAUCCCAUAUGAGGAAUUCUUUGGUCAAGGCUGGAUGAAGAACGACAAAAAUGAGAAGACACCGUACAUCAUGAGAACAACAAAGCACUUCAAUGAUACAAGCAACCUGAUUGCCACGGAGAUCCUGCGGUGUGAUGAUUUAGUCACUCGGGUAGCAGUCAUAGAGAAAUGGGUGGCUGUGGCGGACAUCUGCCGCUGUUUGCAUAACUACAAUGCUGUGCUAGAGAUUACCUCCUCCUUAAACCGCAGCUCUGUUUUCCGCCUCAAGAAAACCUGGCUCAAGGUUUCCAAGCAGACAAAAGCAUUGAUUGACAAGCUGCAAAAGCUGGUGUCUUCAGAGGGGAGGUUUAAAAAUCUGAGAGAGGCUUUGAAGAACUGUGAUCCUCCCUGUGUGCCCUACCUGGGGAUGUACCUCACUGACUUGGCUUUCAUUGAAGAAGGAACGCCGAACUACACCGAAGACAACUUGGUCAACUUCUCAAAGAUGAGGAUGAUUUCUCAUAUCAUUAGAGAAAUUAGGCAGUUUCAACAAACAGCAUACAAGAUUGACCUGCAACCAAAGGUAGCCCAGUAUCUACUGGACAAGAGCUCUGUUCUGGAUGAAGAAAGCAUGUACGAGGCCUCACUCAGAAUUGAGCCUAAAGUGCCCAACUGAUGGGAAGAGUGGUCCUGCACACACAUUUUCCCUGUUAAUAUUACACAAGGGGUAACAUACACAUUAUUUGUAUAGCUGUACAUGUUUCAGAUAUUCGCUCUUCUGUACAGUAGGUGUUUAAAAUUGUUUGAUGACAGAGAAAAUUUUAGCAUUUUUUUUUUCUUACCAUUACACCUGCUUAAAUUACUUUUCUUUUUAAAGCUUUGGGGUAAUUGAAAAAUAAUAAUAGAGGUCACUUUAGUUGCAUGCAACUGUGUGUUCUCAGUGACCAAUGACAUUAUUUUGCGUCAUGUAAUACUGUGUCAAAUUUGCACUUUCUGAGCACUCGUGCUGCUGGCUGUUAUUCUCUUGGCUUGAGUUUUACUGAUCAUUGAAGUUCUCUGCAACCAAUGUAGCAAUGUAUAAAUGAACUGCAUAAAAUCAGGUAAAAGAGCACAGACAAUAUGGUCUAAAUGUCUUUUUAAAGAGGAAACAGUGAUCAAUGGAAAUGACUGCAACGUAUCCAAUGCAUAAGUGUGUUUGUGCUUUCCAACCCAAAAGAAAAGGAAUCUUUCUUUUCUGCUCACAACUCUAAAAACAGACGUUUCCAUCUGUUUGGUACCAAUUUCUUUGUCUCUGUGUUGGCAGUUUGAAGCAGCUCAAUCGGACAAACUAGACAGGAAACUAAAUGGAAAGCCAACCACUGCGUACUGUUAUGGUUAUUUAAAAAUGUUCGCCAGCACCACCUCAGCUAAUAUAGACAGCAGUGUUUAAGUUUGUCCCCAUUCUAAAAUUAUUGAUCAGCUACUUGAUUUUGAUGACAUAUUGCCCAUUUUUUUCUGAGCAUUAUAAAUAGAGAUUAUUUCUAUUUUUCUGUAAUUUAGUUUCACCAUUGUUGACACAACCAGUUAUAUUGUAAACCUCAUGUACGAGGUUCCUUUCAUGUCUGAAGAUGGAGUCAUAGGUCACAGAUGCCCAUUUUUUGUUUCCAGUGUUGCUUCAAGGCUGGUUCUAUAUAGAAAGUCCUCAGUUGAUUUAACAAAGAACCAACAAACAAUGGUUUUGGUUUUUCAAAGCCAGAAAACCACCACAUAACCACAUGAAACAUCACUCUCAACAUCUCUUCUUAUAAACCUGAACUUAAGUGGAUUCUAAAUUUCUAUAGUGGACCACAGUGCAAGAAAUGUGAGCUUCUUUUUUACUAAAACACCCAACAAUAUUUAUAAAUGAAGCUGCAAAUGUGUUUUCUAGAUUUAGCUGAAAUAGGUGACUGUGAAUGUGACACACUGGACAGUGUUCACAAACGUCACUGGCAAUAUUAUAACAUUUAACAUGAGUAAAAUGAGAGGAACACUGAGCUCAUGUUCUACCACAGCUGCUUUGACUUCAUGUCCAUGUUGAUGCUCAGUUUUUUGCUUGAACUAAGCAAACUCGAUGCAACACUGGCCCUUUAGUAUUAAAAAUGGAAGUCACAAGGCAUUAGCUGGUAUGGUUGGUCGAAUAACCUUGUCUUUGAUCUUACAUAUAAAAAGUAAUUUCCUUUGGCACAGCAAAGAGUUGAUGUAGUUGUAGCACUGGUUUUUCCAGGCUGGAGUCAUUGGUUUGGCAGCUGAAACAGAAAAAACUGGUUCUAAGUUAAACUCUGACUCCAAACCAGUAGUGGAACUGCUUUGGUGGGAAACAAGAGAUGGUUGAAGCUGUGGGGCUUCGGUGGUGUUGCAUCCUAUAAUGGCCCAUCCAAAAUAUCCAAGUCUGAUUUUUAAGAAAUGUGAGUAUUUAGUACUGAAACACAGAUCCCAGUUUGCCAAAAACAACAACACUUUAUUAAGAAGAGCAGCAAACGUUGACAAGUGGAAACCAAAUGUGACAGGGCAUGAUGGAAAAUGGCACAUUGGCUGCACAGCCUCAGUCACAGAUCAAGUUUUAUAGCUGUUGUGCUCCUUUAUGAAUCACGCAGUUUGUUUUUGUUCAGUAAAAGCUAUAACCAGAAUUUGGGAACCUCUUCUCUGAGAUCAAUGUUUACAUUUAUGCUAAAAUUGACAAAGACAUAUUUGCAUUUCUAUUUAUUGGAAAGUGUUUCAUUCCUUAUGUUACCUGCUGACACUAGGUGCCUACAGCCACCAGGGACAAAGAAGCUAAUAGAAUCAGCUGUUAUACAUCAGUUAUUAAAAGGGGUUACAUCUUAUAAAUUCAGUCAAAUUUGAGGUGAUAUUUUUCUUUUACAGUUAAUAUACACCACUGUGUGAAUUUCUCAUUUAUUCAUUUUUUGUUUUUGUGUUCUCUAACUCCUGGAAAAAAGAUCACAUGCAGUUGUCAGUGUUGUACCUUCAGGUUUGGGUUCUACUUCUGUAGAGUAAAAGGUUGUUGCUCUGCUGUAAUUAAAAGACAAUCUGUCCUUCUUGCUGUUCCAGUGAUUGUGGAACGUGACUGUAUAUCACUCUGUUAUAUGCAUUGCUAUGAUAAAAUGUAUGUGAAUGACCUCUGCCUGCAGCAUUCAAACACUAUUUUUGUAGUAGUAUAAGAGAGAGUUACCUGCCCUUUAUAUGAAAAUGGGAAAGUAUUUUGUACUUUGUUGUUAAUUUACUUCACAGAGAUGUGAUGUACAUUUUGUACAUGCAACCUGGCAUAUUUCUCAAUGUGGAACAGUGUAAUCCUUUCAAAAACAAAGCUGUAUUUCAAGCUUAACACAAAAUAUUACAACAGUGUGAUCUUGAAACCAUGACUUAGAGGUAGGACACAACUUCAAAGUGUUUUGCAUUUAUACUGUAAUCCUGUCUAUAAUAAUUUCUGUUAGCAGGAAUAUAGUAAUGUAGUGCUUAUUCUGUGAAUAUUUGUAUGUAUUUUUACUAUGUAUGUACAGUACACUUUUAAAGCUCAUGUGGUAGGCAUGCAACACUUUCACAGACAGAAUAAUAUUAUAUACUUAUACUGUAUACACUUAUACAUGCACAUCCUCUUUAAAGGUAUUUAAACAAAUAAACAUUUUGCUGUUAGCAAUACCCACUGGUAUGAAAAUUAUCUUUCAACCCUCAUGUUUCCACAACUUAAGAAAUAUUCCCAUUUUUGUAAGAAAAGGAAAACGGAAAAAAGAAAACACAUGAAGAUGAAAAUAACAACAAGUAAACAAAAAUAUGUUUCCCAAUUACCUCUUGCUAAUAAAUCCAUUUUAUCUCA